UGCAAAACAACACAGUUUUUCUGCAUUCAUUAUUUCUGUUCAAAGUGUCAUGCAUUAGGGUUAUAAUCCAAACCGCAUUGAUAUACUGCCACUAAGCACGGAACUUCAAUAUAAAGUAUUGUCUUUAAUUCAACAAAUCUUGUUUGUCAUGGCUUAUAAGCUUGAAAAGAAGGAAACUUUGGAAAAAACUUCGCUUCUUUCGGAAUCCACGCAAAAAGUUCAGACUAGACCAUCAAAAUGGCGACAGUGUUCAGUUCUUAUAGCAUGUAUGUACUUACACUUUAUAUCACUUGGAUUUGCUCCGGUCCUGGGGGUAAUUUACGUGGAACUUAUACGUCAGUUCAGUUCAGCAAGAUCAGAAACUGCAGUGGUGCAAAGCCUGUAUCAAGGGCUUACACGUGUAGGUGGAAUCGCUUUUGCGGGAGUUGUAACUAAUUUUGGAGUUGCACCUCCUGUAAUUGUUGCGUCGGCAUCGAGUGGUCUUGCAUUAUUCAUAAGUGCGUUUUCGGUUAACAUUUAUAUGGUGAUAGUUCUGGUUGGUUUUAUUGGUGGGAUGUCUAUGAGUAUCAACUAUUUAUGCGCGUUUGUUGUUGUAGGGUGGAUGUUCGCAACACAAAGACGCGCUGCUCUUGCCUUUCUUACAAUAGCGACGGCGGUGGGCCAAACGGCGCUUCCAAAUAUUGCUGAUUACUUAAUUAGUGAAUAUGGUUGGACUGGAACAUUCAUGAUAGCAAGUGGUUUAAUUCUGAACAGUAUUCCAUGCGGGCUAGUUUUAUAUUAUUCGCGAGAAUUUUUCCUGGAAGAACAUAAAUAUAACUCAACCUCUUCAGGUGUAGAAGAAAGAAUGUGUCAGUGUAGAUCAAAACAAGAUGUGGCCUUUGUUAUGUUCGCUUUUGUGUGCCUGAUAUUUUCGGGUACAAAUGCAGUGGAGAGUUGGUUUACAGUAGACUUGAGUGAAAUGCGAGGAUUUGACCGUCAACAAGGAACUAUUUUAUUAUCGCUCGUUGGAGCUUUCGGGCUGGUUGGAAGGUUGCUUGGGACUAUAUUGCUAAAAUGUUGGCCAACUAUUAGUAUUGCAAUACCUUUGGCAAUAGCUUUCCAAUUUCUUGCCUUAGCUCACUUCCUUGUCAUUUAUUUGACAGAUUUUAAUGGAAUGUUAGGCGGUAUAUUUGUGCGCGGAAUCUCUACAGGAAUUGUUAUGUGCUUACAGCCAGGAAUGCAGCUCGAACUGCGUGGAAUAAACAGAUUUCCGCGGACCGUAGCUUUAUGUAAUAUGGUGAGUGGAAUAGGGCUUGUGGUGUGUGGAUACUUGGGUGGAUUCAUCGCAGACUUGACCGGAGGUUAUGAUUUAGCAUUUUACAUUGCAGUUGGUGUGUGUGUUUUCUGUGGAUUCUUAAUGUUAGCAAUAAAAUGUUUAGAAUAGUUUCACCAUCGAAUUUGGAAAUUUUGACUUUCUUUUAAAUACUAACAUGCCUUGUAGGACAUGUUGAUGUCAUAACAGAUCUGAGAAGAAAUAUUUACUCUUCAAAUGAUGACUCAAACUAUACAGACCCGAAUGAAAUAAUAUAUGGAACCAUCUGCAGUUGGAAAUUGUAACAGCAACUAAAUUGUUAACACCACUGUACUAUAAAUACUGAGCAUGCUUUGUUAAAUGUAUCUCUGUGCGAUUCCUAUUUGUUGUUGUAAACAUAUAGUAUAAAAUCAA